AUGCCGACCACUGCUAUAAAGACCAUCUACUACACCAAGACCCAAUCCGCCCCAAUCUCACUCCACCCAUCCACCAAAAUGUCCACCCUACCCACCAUCCCCGCCGUCCUAAUCGGCAUAACCCGGACCACAGCCCUCUCCUCCAGUAUCGACCUCUUCACCGGAACGCCAUACUCCAUCGCCGCAGUCCUGGACCUCCACGAAGCCCCCGAGAAGUACCAAUUCAGCCUCAGCAACCUCGGAACGGUGCUUUACGCUUUGCACCCCAGACCGCGGAUUCUCGGGACGGGGACGGCGAUUGAGGCGGAGAUGGUUGAGGAGAUUGAGAGUGUUUGGGGGGAGCAUGUUGGGAGGGUUGAAGGGAGGUGCUGUUGGGUUGCGUUGUCGAAGACGCAUGGACGGCCUGGGCCGCCGCCGCCGGGGAUCGGCGAGGAGGUGAUGAGGCAGUUGGAUGCGGUGUUUCGACCGGAAGUGAAGCAUUCAUGA